GGAAAUGAUGGGCUGUCACUGAAGUUAAGGUUUGGGCCGCUGUCCUCGCCUUUAAAACGUCACAGGUUACAAUCUGUGUUGAACAGAGGACUUUUGUUCCUUAUGUAAGGUAUUAAUUGUAUCUAUUAUUAAUAAUUGUGACUUGCUGAAUAUAUGCGCGUGUCUCUUCUGUGGUAAUUUAAUUACUGCUGCAGGUCAAGGAUCUUAUUUUACUUUGCAUUUUGGGAUGCCAAACAGCCAUGUGAGAACCUUCUAGUUUUCAGCACCGAGUAAACAGAAAUCAUGUAAUUUCCAUACCAAAUUCACUUACCAGUGAAAGUAGUAAGGUUUGUGCAGCCUGCACGGUGUCAGCUCUUCCAUCUCUGUUGGCAGGCCUGGUGCCUGGCCUGCUGAACCUCGGAAACACCUGCUUCAUGAACUCCCUGCUGCAAGGCCUGUCUUCGUGCCCCUCGUUCAUCAGGUGGCUGGAGGAGUUCACAGCACAGUACAAGGCAGAACAGAACCAACCCAGCGAGCAGCAGUACUUGUCGCUCACUCUGUUGCAUCUCCUAAGAGCUUUAUCCUGUCAAGAGGUAACAGAAGAUGAUGUCCUGGAUGCAAGCUGCUUAUUAGAAGUGUUAAGAAUUUACAGGUGGCAGAUCUCGACAUUUGAAGAGCAGGAUGCUCAUGAACUAUUUCAUGUCCUUACCUCUUCAUUGGAAGAUGAACGGGAUCGUCAGCCACGUGUCACACAUUUGUUUGAUGUGCAUUCACUGGAGCAGCCAGAAAUAACCCAAAAGCAAAUAAGCUGCCGAACAAGAGGAUCUCUUCCUCCUAUGUCAAAUCACUGGAAGUCUCAGCAUCCUUUUCAUGGAAGGCUGACCAGCAACAUGGUUUGCAAACACUGUGAACACCAGAGUCCUGUGAGGUAUGAUACAUUUGACAGCCUCUCACUGAGUAUUCCAGCAGCUAUGUGGGGUCAUCCUAUGACACUGGAUCACUGCCUCCAUCACUUCAUCUCCUCUGAAUCUGUGAAGGAUGUUGUGUGUGACAAUUGCACUAAAAUUCAGGCGGAAGGGACUCUGAAUGGACAGAGCAUAGAAAACCAGAAAACAACAUUUGUUAAGCAAUUAAAGCUAGGGAAGCUCCCUCAGUGUUUGUGUAUCCAUCUGCAAAGACUGAGCUGGUCCAACCAAGGGACUCCUCUGAAACGUCACGAACACGUACAGUUCAAUGAGUUCCUAAUCAUGGACAUCUACAAAUACCACAUUCCUGUUCAUAAAUCAACUCAGAACGAUCUGAAUCAGAAAAGCUCCGAAGAGACAAAGCCUGGAACAAGGGAUGGGAUAUCAGUAAAACCUUCAGAUGCAGAACAGACACGUGGUACCAAAUCUCUCCUUAUGAAUGGGGCCUGCUCUUCUUCACUCUUAAUGUCCUCGGGAACUUUUCCACUCACUGCAUUCCCUGAAUGCAGUCCCCCCGUGUACCUGUACCGGCUGAUGGCGGUGGUUGUGCACCAUGGAGACAUGCAUUCUGGACACUUUGUGACUUACCGCCGCUCUCCGCCUUCUUCCAAGAGCCCGCUCUCUGUCAGCAAUCAGUGGUUAUGGAUUUCAGAUGACACUGUUCGCAAAGCUAGUUUGCAGGAGGUCCUUUCCUCUAGUGCUUACCUGCUGUUCUAUGAGCGCGUUCACUCAAGGGUACAGCACCAGAGUUUGGAGUUGAGGCCUGAAGAGUGAUUAGGAGAGAUGGAGGAGGACAAAAACUGACCAAAUUCCUCUGCUGAGAUCCACCUUGCACCUCCUGUCUGUUAUGCAAAUAAUCCACCACAGGCCCUUUAACUUUCCCCUCCCUCCAUGGCAGCAGCUGGCUCUUGCUGGGAGUAGUUUUGUACCAAAAUUAAGCUACCCAAAGUUGGUCAUGCAGUCCAAAGUGUAUUUGUAUUAGAUAAGCAUUUAUUCUGUUCAGUAGUAAUUCUGUCAAUAUCACAGCUCUGAGACAGACAUCUCCAAGCAGACUUUCCAAGGCUGUUUUCCAUAUUCUGAACACACCUAUGUUUUCAAGGGGAGAUGUGGAACCCUAUACACUUCAGUUUCUGAACAAGGGAGCCCCAGGAGCAGUUGUUGGGAAGCUACUGUUGUCAAAGGCAAUGAUUUAAGAAACAAAGUGCCUUGAGCUUAUUUGAAUAGAUUACCAUUGUCUGAGUCCACUGCAUGCCAGCUGUGUUCUGAGAGGUGUCUCAAGAUGAUGGGAUGAAAAGAAUGACAGCAGAUUUCUCCUGAUAUCCCAGCCAGUGAAUAAAACAAGGCCUCCUUACAUAACAUGCAAUGUUAUAAUAACAUACGUGACCAAAAAAUUUCCUUCCCUCCCCACUUCUUAAUAGCUCAGUUCUCUAUAUAUCAUGGAAUUAUUGAUUCAAGCAGCAGUUUCCUUUUUCCAGGAGAAAAGAUCAAAUUCUUUUAUCAAUUAAGAGCUGACACCCUGACUUGUUGCUCUGUAUCUUUCACUACAGGUGACAUGAAAAGAUAGAAGUGUUUGCUAACUGUCAAUACUGUAAUUUUCUUGGUCACUCAAACUGCUGAUUACUAAUGCUUGUAGUAUGGACUACAGCUUUUAAUACCAUUAACUUUAAGGCUACUGUAAUUGGUGUUCUAGAUGUGCCCUUCCUAUUUUAAUGCUAAAAACUGUCAUUUGUCAUCAGCCUUUUGGAUGUUUGUUGUCAGGUUUGCAGCUGAGCAUUAGAGCUUACACUGGUUGUGACUGUGAGCUGAGAUAAACAGCAACCCAAGCGUCCUUGUAAAAUUUGAGCAUACAGAAGUGAAUCUGGACCAAUGGGCACUUGUCUGGUAAGGCAGUCUGCAAAUUCUGGUGUCGCUGCAUUAGACAUGCAGAUUUCCAUAUAAAUAUAAAUUGUACUUUACUGCUCUAGAUUGUCUAAUGUGUUAAAAAUAAUAGUAUCUCAAAGCAUGGAUGGAGAAGGAAAAAUUAAUUUUGACUGCUUUUAAAUUAUCAGGAAUAAAACAUGUAGACUA